AAAUCUGACCCUACUGGGAAUGACAAAGUUCAUUGUGCAGUGUUUGUAAUUGACUCUACAUCAUUAGAGGUGUUGUCAACAAAAAAUUGUUGAGAAAAUGAAAGGACUACGGGGACUUAUGAAUCAAAAAGGAAUACCACAACUUAUUCUCCUGACAAAGGUAGACAAUCUCUGUGAGUACGUUGAGAAGGACGUGGCUCAGGUUUUCUACAGUACAAAAGUAAAAGAAGCUGUAGAUAAAGCUUCACAACUACUGGGUCUCCCACGUGCUAACAUACUUCCGGUGAAAAAUUACGAAAACGAGACUGAGCUUGACGACAACGUUUUGAUAUACUUGCUCUGUUGGCUCUACGUAAAAUGCUGCAUUGUUCUGAAGAUUUCAUGCUGAACAUGAAACACAGAGAGAAAGAUGUUGAAGGGGAAAUGGGAAAAUUGAAACUUGAAAAGUGAUUUUCAACGCUUAUCAUAGUAUGUGAAACUUUACAAAAACGGAAUUAA